AUAGUUGUAACAUGGUCGCUUUAAAGAACUGACAGUUGAUAUACUGGUGGAAACGUUGUAACAUAAUUUAUUUAAGUUUAUACAGGACAUACAGUAAUCAUGAGAAGACCAGUUUUCAAUAAAUUCCCGAGCGUUCUUUUCCAUCGGGUAAUCCUGCUGAUGAUAUUCGGAGUAACUAUUUGUCUGACAUUAUUUGUGCUCAGAAGAAGACACGUUGUAAAAGGAAUAGCACAAACACAAAAUGAACGUUUUAACAUCAAAGACAUACGAAUCAAGCCGUUUGAGGGAUUAGAAACAGACAAUAUUUACUUCCCGUCCAGCACGUUUCCCUGGUAUUCCGAUACCUACUCCACGACUUUACCCCCCUCCUCCACAACUGCUACUACGGGUAAGCCGGAGGCACAGGCACAACCUUCGGAAUCGAAGAUAAAUAAAAACCAAGAUAAUCUGUCUAAAAAAGCUUCUGUAUCAAAUAAUCUUGACAGUUCGACCAAAAAAAAGGAACUGGUUUGAGCAACGGUAAAACCUACACCAAUGGAGGAAGGAACAAAGCGGAAAAUAUUGACUUGAAAACAUUAAGAGAUGCUGCUCUCAGGAAAAAGGCAGGUGGUGUAUCUAGCAAUGGGACGAAAGCCAUACCGUCGAUAACAAAGCCAAAUACAGGUGUCGUCAUGAUCAAUGGGUCGAAAAGUGGAGUUGACGCAGGCAAAUCACGUGAUAUGGUGCAAGGCGAUAAUAUGAAUAAAAACGCAGGGAUAUAUGAAGACAAUCGCGACCAAAACAAAAACUAGAAUUCAGAAGGCGUACCAUUAAAUGUAGGUGUCGCCCAUGGUUCGAGGGGCGGAGCAAUUGCCAUGCUGCCAAAGUCACGUGACUAAGCCAUAUAUUUCGGGGUCAGCGGUUCAAUUUGGCUGGGGAACCAUGACGGUAAAGUCACGUGGUAGAGGUGUAGACGUGGUCAGUGGUUCAAACGGAGGAGCUGCCAUUCCAAUUAAGUCACGUGACAAGAAUGAAGGUACAGUCACGUGUUUGUAAUCCUGGUGAUAACUUCGAAGGCGUGGUCAGUGGUUGAGAGGCGGUGUCUCAAUAUAGCCUUAGUCACCUGUCAAGAACUUUGACAUGCAUUUGAUUGCAAUUAAACAAUAAUGCCACGCACUAAUCUAACUCGUGAUAGUGCAAAAAGCUAAAUUACAGUUUUAAUAUGAUGUUAAAGUAGUAUAGUACCAAACCAUCAAUUGAGUUGAAAAAACCAAAUUGUCUGAAAUAAAGUUUAUUUAUUUUCAAUACUA